AUGGCGACGCUCAUUCCAAGCUUUAUCGGUUUGAUAUUUAUUAGCGGGAUAGCAUUGACUUCAUGCGAAAUCGAAGUCGUACAUCAGUGGAAUUUGUUACCUUUUGAACUUCCGCACGAUUAUCCAAUAAAUGGCGGUUACAUACCACAAAACAUCGUAUUUACCGGUACGGAAGUCGGAUGGAGUAGAAUAUUUCUUGCCAUACCAAGGUUACGUCUUGGAAUUCCAGCAACUCUCGUUUCCAUACCAAGAACUCAACCAGGUGUUACCACCUCUCCGGUUGUCAGCGCUUAUCCAAACUGGGAUUUCCACAGUUCUUCCGGUAGAGGAGUUAAUUGCAGUGGAUUGAUUUCCACGUACAGAAUCAGAGCCGACAGAUGUAACAGACUUUGGGUUUUGGACAGUGGCGUAUCCAACAGUAUCGAUGACUUUACAACUGUUUGCCCGCCUAAAAUAUUGAUUUUCGACAUGAGUACCGAUCAAUUGGUAAAAAGUGUUACUUUCCCAAGAGAAGUGAUAAGACCAGCUUCUUUAUUUACCAAUUUGGUCAUUGACGACUUGACCGGUUACGGAUCCUGUGACGAUGCUUUCGUUUACAUAUCAGACACUGCAGCUCCCGGUAUUGUAGUUUACGAUGCUAGAAAAGAUGCUGCUUGGAGAUUUUCUCAUCCUUCCAUGUAUCCUAAUCCAGAUUAUUCGACUUACACCAUUGCCGACGAAUCUUUCACUCUCACCGACGGUAUAAUCGGAUUGGCUUUAUCUCCACCAUCAGCAACAGCAUCCAGAGUACUCUAUUACCAACCUUUGGCCACCGAUAGAAUAUUUUCCGUUCCUGUAAGCUUUUUGCAAGCCGGUCCCAGCACGGAUGAUGUACCUGUUCAAACGAUCGGUAGAAAAAGUUCUCAAGGUGUCGGUCUUGCCGUUGAUCCUCACGACGGAUCAAUUUAUUUCAGUCCGAUAGAACAAACAGCCGUCGCCAGUUGGCAACCAGGAACCAACAGAAACCAAGUUUUGGCCUACGAUCCGGAAAUACUUCAAUUCGUAAGCGAAUUAUUAGUCGCUUACAGAGACAACGGAAAUCUUUGGUUGCUUUCUACGAGAUUUCAAAAAUUUUUCAAAAGGACGGUUGAUCCAAGAGAAAUUAAUUUGAGAAUAAUGAGACUCAACACUGCCGAUCGAUCGAUUAUCGAUGUUUAA